UCCUCCAUAUCAACAUCAUUAUCGGGAGAGUCGUCCCAGUCCGUCGCUUCUCUCACCCCGUCCCAUAUUUUGAUCGUUUUACCCAUCGAUGGUGUCCUUCUUCAUCACCCUGGGAGCUCAAUUUGUCUCCUAACUCGGCGAUUUGUUGUUGAGGGGGGUCGUCUCCUAACUCGGCGAUUUGUUGUUGAGGGGGGUAAGGAUUUUCAUGGUCUCUUGGUAGUUGCGAGAUUGAUUUAUCGACGGCUUUAGGGUCGUUGCCUCGAUGAUCCGAGCCGAUCGUGCCGAUGGUGACCAUCUCAGUGGGGUCUGGUUUUUAUAGAUUGGUGAAUCGUGCUCAGGAGGACGUUUUUCUUCUGUCCAAUACCGGUUUGUCGAAGCAGAUAUGCGGGAUCCUUUGUCCUUUUGUCCGAUCGAGGCCUUUCUUUGCUGCUAGACUGUUAAUCGGAUGUGAUCUCUUCCGACGGAUGAUGCAAUUGCAAUCUUGUCUUUGUGCAGCCUUGUCAACUAUGGAUAUUUCGUUGUUCAUAGUAAUUGUUGAAUAUGCCCUUUGGAAGGGUAGCUGUGGCACCCUAUCAGUGGGCUUCAUCAAUCUUCCCCUCUCCCGCAAUCCUCACAACUCAACUAGCUCAAGUGCUCUUGAAUUGGUUUGGAUAGAUUUGAGUUGCUUCCUCAUUGUUUUCACUUGAUUUGGGGAGCUUGGUUUGCAUCUCAUUUGGUACAUAUUUGAUUGUCAGUAGAAUAUGACAUUUCUAUAUGUUUUUUUGUAGAGGAUAUGAUCCGUUUGAUUAAAUUGACUUGGGAAAUGUUUUUGAUGUUAUAUAUAAUUUUUUUUAUUGUUUCUAUACAUGUGCUGAAUGAUUCUUUCUAAUUCACUUCUCUGAUUUGAGUACAUAACCUGGUAUAUUCUCAUUUAAUGUUGCUAAGCAAAGCCAACUGUGUUUGUCAGGUUGUUAGAGAAAUUACCCACAAUCAAUAACUCAAGAUAUAUGUCAUGGUUGAGUUAAAUUAACGCAUUUCACGCUGCAGAGUUGACUGGAUUGUCAUGUGCGUGAAUGUGCUACGGUGUUGAGGCCUCUAGCCAAAAACAACACAAUUCCUAUUGCAAAGCAUAGGCCAGUGCAAGUUCCAGCUUAUAGAUGGAUGCCACGAUGAGCAGUGAAGUUCGGUCUUCCCUUCCUCGCCAUCUCAUUGUAGAUGACACAAUAUCCGUCGUUUCUCCGCUGCAGCAGCCGUUUCAACGAGCACAGCAUCACUGCUUUGGUGAUUCUGCUCCUGGGGAGUUCCCCUUGGCUGCAAACCCGUCGAUAGUCCUCCAUGUCCUCACAUCAUGCAAUCUUUACCCUGAGGACCUCGCUCACUUAGAGGCAACAUGCAAGUUCUUCAGGAAGCCUGCCAAUUUCCCUCCUGACUUCCUAUUGCCAAUGUCAGAGCUUGCGGCCUUGGAUAUGUGCCAGAAACGGGCUAUAUUUAAGCCUAUGAGUACACAAGAAAGAGAAAUGUUUAAGCAACGUUGCGGUGGGAGUUGGAAGCUAGUUCUUAGGUUCAUAAUGGCAGGUGAAGCAUGCUGUCGUCGAGAAAAGUCUCAGGCAAUUGCUGGACCAGGUCACAGCAUCGCUGUAUCGACAAGUGGUGCUGCGUACACUUUUGGGUCCAACAACUCUGGCCAACUUGGCCAUGCCAGUUUAGAAGAGGAGUGGAGACCACGUCCUGUCAGAUCAUUGCAGGGUAUUCGAAUUAUUCAGGCAGCAGCAGGAGCAGGACGUACAAUGCUUGUCAGUGAUGCUGGUAGGGUGUACGCAUUUGGGAAGGAUUCUUUCGGAGAGGUAGAAUUUGGGAAUCAAGGUUCAAGGGCUGUGGCUACACCACAAAUGGUAGAAUCAUUGAAGGACAUCUACAUUGUACAGGCAGCAAUUGGAAACUUCUUUACUGCCGUGUUAUCUCGGGAGGGAUGUGUAUAUACAUUUUCUUGGGGCAGUGACAUGAAGCUUGGUCAUCAGACAGAGCCAAACGAUGUGCAGCCUCAUCUUCUCACAGGCCCUCUUGAGAACAUUCCAGUUGUGCAGAUAGCUGCAGGCUAUUGCUAUCUCCUUGCUCUCGCAUGCCAACCAAGUGGCAUGUCUGUUUAUUCUGUUGGUUGUGGUUUAGGAGGAAAGCUUGGCCAUGGCACCCGAACUGAUGAGAAAUACCCUAGAUUGAUUGAGCAGUUCCAGGCUCUGAAUAUACAACCAAUAGUUGUUGCUGCUGGUGCUUGGCAUGCUGCUGUUGUGGGAAAGGAUGGACGAGUUUGCACUUGGGGAUGGGGGCGUUAUGGCUGCUUGGGUCAUGGUAAUGAGGAAUGUGAGUCUGUUCCCAAGGUGGUUGAGGCCUUGAGCAGUGUGAAGGCUGUUUAUGUAGCAACUGGAGAUUAUACCACAUUUAUUGUGUCAUGCAAAGGUGAUGUUUACUCGUUUGGAUGUGGUGAGUCGUCAAGCCUUGGCCACAACACUACAAUUGAGGUGAGGGUAACAACAGGCACAGCAACGUCCUUAGCCCUGAGCUGGUGACUUCGUUGCAGAGUAAGAAUGAGAAGGUGGUGCAGGUCAGCCUUACGAAUUCCGUAUACUGGAAUGCACAUACAUUUGCGCUGACAGAGUCGGGCAAACUCUACGCUUUUGGAGCAGGGGAUAAAGGGCAGCUAGGUAGUGAACUUGUCUCACAAGAAAGUGAGAGGGGAACCCCUGAGCGGGUUGAAAUUGACCUCAGUUAGGUUCAGUUGCAGCAUCUCCUUUUCACUCCAAUUGCAUGCUACUAACCAUCACCUUCCUAAUUAACUCUUUGAUUGCAAGCACUUAGUUUGUACCCCUGUUCUGUUGGGUCUGAGCUGAUCCUUGUGAAAAUAAUUACCCUGCAAGACAAACAAUCUGUUGUUGAUAUGAUUGAUUCUCUUUAGAAAGCGUGUUGUGUAUAUAGUUGUAACUGUAAAUAUAACGAACUAUGUCUUGUCCGUUCCUUGAAAAACGAGCAGCUGGUUGUGGUUGACAAUUUAA